CAGGCAGUUCAAAAUGGGGAGAGAGAGAGAACGUGAACGGGAGAGAGAUCGGGAAAGGUACCACCGGCAUAGGUCUCAUUCCCGGGAGAGAGAUCCAGGAAGACGUGAUAGAGAUCGUGAACGCGAGAGACGAGAUCGUAGGUCUCGCUCCAGGUCACGUUCAAGAUCUAGGUCCCCUAGGUCUCAUCGUAGAUCUCCUGUUUAUAUGGCAGGGCCAUCUGGACGACACGAUGAUUCUCCUGUACAAGAAUUAACAGCAGAGGAGAAGCAGAUGAGAGAUGUGUUGGGCUUUGCAUCCUUCCACUCAACCAAAGGUGGGUAUAUUUGUAAUUUAUAGGAGAAUGAUACUGACACCAAGUGCCUGGUUACCUUAAGAUGUUUUUUAUAAACAAA